AUGUCAGCAUACGGUGCACUCGUUAAAUCGAUCACGCUUUCGGAGCCCCUGGGGUCUACUAUCUGGUAUAUGCGCUCGGGAGCCGAAGGACACGUCUCUGUUCACCAUCUUACACUUGCGGCUGCAAAACUACUCCCUGGACUGAUCGACUACCUCGGUGAAGUCAUGGCCGGUGUUGUGGAAGAAGGGCAAACCUAUCCCCAAGAAACCCUUCUUCUUGACGCCUUUGAGGCAUAUUUCUUCGCAGGCGAUGUCUUCAUCGCGAUCAUUCCUCAAUCCGGCGCUAGCGUAGCACCUGUUGAAGGCUCGGAGACCAAACAGACUCUCCAAGAAGCACGGAAUGGUCGGCCUUGGGUAGACUGUUGGUGUCGCUGGCUACUAUUACGUGAAACCCAACUAUCCCGGCCGAUCCUCUCACGCGAGUCCUCCCGAUCUGUCCACCCUCGAAAUCUUUCUGACUCGGACUCCAGAUAUGCAACGGAGGCUUCGUUGUUCCAACCGUCCAUCGCGGAAGCGGGUAUGGGUCAGCGCUGGCAAAAUCACUGCGAACCCGAAUACUUUCUUAUUCUUAUCCGCCCCAACAGCGUCUUUAAUCUUGUCUAUGCCAACAAUCUUGCCUCCGUCAAAUUAUGGGAGCGCUUGAGCUUUACAAAAGCGGGUUUGAUACCCAACGCUGGGCGGCUCAGACGGAAGGAUGGGAAUGGAGAAGAGUAUGUGGAUGCAUGGGUAUUUUACAAGAGUUUCGUCGCGGGUCAAGAUUCUUAA